CAGCCCAGCUGCGGAUGUAGCUGCUGGGACAGGUCAGGAGAGGGCUGGGACCUCGGCCUGGGCCCUCGGCCUGGGAACUACGGCCUGGAGGCUGAGUGGAGGCCUGUGAGGGGAUCAGAGGGAAGAGGCCCCUGAGCUGGUCACAGUGGCCAUCUGGGUGCAGAGGAGGGCUUCUCAGGCUGAGGAGCACUGGAUUUAUCUUGUCUUCUGAUCAAGGGGAAGACGGAAGACCUGGAUGGAUCACAACUUUGAGAUGCAGCAGCAUGGAGCCCCCAGCCCUGGCACCUCUCUUUCCCACAGCCACCUGCUGGGGCGCCCUGCCCGCCCCUCAAAGCUCUCCGGAGGCAUGUCUCCCCUCAUCCCUGUCCUCAGGAAAACCAUCUCUCUGGAUACCUUUACUCAAAGCCAUAUCCCACAGGCUUCCAGCCGACCAGGCCUGGGAGCCAGGGCCCGGAGUGUGCCUCCGCAGGAGAUGGUGCCCCGGAAGCUCAGCUCCAUCUCCUUAACACUCCGUCAGAACAGUCAGGCAUGGCCCCUGGGUCCCCUGCCUUCUCAUUGGGAAGAACCGCCCACCGUGGGCAGGGAGGCUGCCACCCAUGGGGGAGGGAGGCUGCCCACCCCAGGCUCACGACUAGGCUCAGGGGGCAGAGUCCACUCUGAGGGCCCAGGGAACCCAGGUCUGGCCAAACCCAGCAGGAUGCCCAUAGUGGAGAAGCCACUGGUGAGUUCCUACCUGGCCCUACCAUUUCAAUCCCGGUUAGCCCAGAAAUCACCAGGCCCCGCAGGGCCAGGCUCAGUAGGUCAGAAGCAUCCUGUCCCAGUGACUGCCCACGUGACUACCAGAGCUUCUCCAGGAAGAGGCAAGCCCCGAGCUAGGGGUAUCCCGAGACCCCGGCUGCAUCUCCAAAGGGCCACCUCUACCAUGGGUCCCGCGAUGGCCAUGGAUUUGGCUACUCUGGACACAACCAGGUUAGGCACAGCCAGAUGUUUAACCACAGUGGUCACCAACAGACCUGACUUGACUAUCAAUCCGGCUACCCCAAGCACAUCCAGACUGGAUACAAGCACAGAAUUCCCUGCUCUGGAUCCCAAGCCCGGCAUGGCCGUGGACCUUGCUGCAGCAGGUCCAGCCAAGCUGGGCAUGGUCAUGGACUUGGUAGACUCAGACAAGGUGGUUAAAGUCAUAGCUACGGCAGGUGCAGCCAAGUCAGAUACAACCACAGGGGGUAUGGCCAUGGAUUUGGUGGUACCAGCCCCAGCCAAGCUGGACACAGCCAGGACAGACACAGCCAUGGCUUUGGCUAGAGCAAAUACAGCCAGGCUGGACAUAACUGCAGAUUCUUUUGCUUUGGACACAAGCAAGCUGGGCACAGUGAUGGGGGAGACCACGCUGGACAGAGUCAUUAACCUGACUGUAUCAGCCACCUACCCACUGAUGCCAAACAGAAGCACAAACCCAGCCCUGGACCAUGCUACUGCAGAUGCUGCCACAGACCGGCCUACAAAGCCCGUCAUGCUGAACCUAGCCAGAGAAAGCAAAGGGCUCCCAGAGGCCAGGACGGACGCAGCCAUGUCAGAGCUGGUGCCUGAGCCCAGGCCUAAGCCGGCAGUGCCCAUGAAACCCGUCAGCAUCAACUCAAACCUGCUGGGCUACAUUGGCAUCGACACCAUCAUCGAGCAGAUGCGCAAGAAGACCAUGAAGACUGGUUUCGACUUCAACAUCAUGGUGGUCGGUCAGAGUGGACUGGGCAAGUCAACGCUGGUCAACACACUCUUCAAAUCCCAGGUGAGCCGCAAGGCCUCCAGCUGGAACCGGGAGGAGAAGAUUCCCAAGACUGUUGAGAUCAAGGCUAUUGGGCACGUGAUAGAGGAAGGUGGAGUCAAAAUGAAGCUGACCGUCAUUGACACCCCGGGCUUCGGAGACCAGAUCAACAAUGAAAACUGCUGGGAGCCCAUUGAGAAGUACAUCAAUGAACAGUAUGAGAAGUUCCUGAAGGAGGAGGUCAACAUUGCCAGGAAGAAACGCAUCCCUGACACUCGUGUCCACUGCUGCCUCUACUUCAUCUCCCCCACGGGACACUCCUUGCGACCUCUCGAUCUGGAGUUCAUGAAGCACCUCAGCAAAGUUGUGAACAUCAUCCCUGUCAUUGCUAAGGCUGACACCAUGACCCUGGAGGAAAAGUCUGAAUUCAAGCAAAGGGUUCGAAAGGAGCUUGAAGUAAAUGGCAUUGAGUUCUACCCCCAGAAGGAAUUUGAUGAGGAUUUGGAGGACAAGACGGAGAAUGACAAAAUCCGGCAGGAGAGCAUGCCUUUCGCCGUGGUGGGAAGUGACAAGGAGUACCAAGUGAAUGGCAAGCGGGUCCUUGGCAGAAAAACUCCCUGGGGGAUCAUCGAAGUGGAAAACCUCAACCACUGUGAGUUUGCCUUGCUUCGAGACUUUGUCAUCAGGACUCACCUCCAGGACCUCAAGGAAGUGACACACAACAUCCACUAUGAGACCUACAGGGCCAAGAGGCUCAAUGACAAUGGAGGCCUCCCUCCGGGAGAAGGCCUCCUGGGCACUGUCCUUCCACCUGUGCCAGCUACCCCCUGCCCCACUGCUGAAUGAAGGCCAUUUCAAGCGCUGCUUCUCCCUCCUUCCCUCCCAGCUGUUAUUGCUGCAGGGCCAUGCCCUUUUUAGAGCUGUGCUAUUCCAGCCCCCCUCAGCUCUCAGCAGGUUGGAGGGGCCAGCUGCCUCUUUAGAACAGUUGCCUCCUCCAUUUUUCCAAACCACCCCCCUCCUCCCAGUGGAAUGGAGUUCUCGCCAGCACUGCCCUCCUCCAUCGUCUGUGUCAGCCGGCCCCGGCCCAUCCGUAGGGUGAAAGAACUCAUCAGGAGCUCCUUCUGCCCUUGCAAACCCAUACCAGCUACUUGUAACCAUCUCCAAGGGGAAAGGCAUUGCUCCCUGUCCAUUCAUCUGCAUGAGCUACUCUUGGCUUCCUUCAAGGGUCAAGAAAGCAACUUUUCUGCUUGUCAGAUUUGUUGAUGUCAGCUGUGUGAGCCCCAGUGUGGGACAAGGGUGUCUCCUACAUUGCUUAAAGCUUAUUUAUAAUGAUGGGUCACUACAGAUGUUGGGGAGCAAGGGAGCAAGGUCACUUAAAAAAAUCACCACUUGUGGCUGGCCCAGAGUGCAGUUUAACACCCUCUCCUCCCCAUAAUGCAGCCACUUAGAAAGAGUGGUUUUCCUGAAGAGACAUUUCUGGAAUUGACUUUCUUGUCCUCAAUAUUCAAAAAACAACUAAACACAGAUAAAAACUCCAGAUCCCCAUGGGGUGUGAACUCUAGGAAGAAAUUAAGCACCCUUCUGCCCACUUAGCAAUAAGAGGGAUUUCUUCCCACCUACCCUAAUCCUACCCCCACCUCCACCCUGUUAAUGUGAGUAAUGAAUUAGCCUGGCCACAGUUGGUCACUGUAGGCUAGUGGAAAAUAUCCAGUGGAGGGCAAAGCCCCCCAUCAGAUGCAUGAAUGUUUGCGAAUGUUGGCUGCCACUGCCCCACAUACUGUGUCUUUAUGGGAUCCCCCCACCCACCCACGCCGCCAUCCACCUGGACA